GGUCUCUGGACGUAGUCAGCGUUCACUACAGCAGCCGAUCUUUGCGGUGUCUGCUUUCUUCUGUCCUAUCCUGACCUGCAUAAUCAUGAUAAUGCAGCAUUCGUAUCACGCUACCGAAAUCAGUGUGGUGAUCUUCAACAUGACCUGUUGAGUAUUUAUUUGUGCAGUUGCGUUUCGAACGAGCAACAGUUGCCUCUCACGAUCGAUCACCAUGAUCACCUCGGCUCUAGUCUAGUUUAGCUACUGGAGCUGGCGCACGAGACGUCCAGCCCACGCGUGUUUCGUUCAUGCUGCGAAGGAUCAAGGAUCAAGGAUUUCUCCUCUUCUUUUUUUCUCUUCUUCCAUCCUCCUGCUGUGCUGGAGCGCGGAGGGGUUUCAAAGGACAUCAUCGCUGCCGAUCACUGCGAUCGUUGCGUGUGUCCAGAACCUUUUCACCAGCGAUUGUUCAGCACACAGAGUGGAGGUCGCCUACUAAGUAGUGUGAGGUUCCUAGAGUGGAGAGUCGGAAGACGUGUUGCAGACGCACGGAUCUCUAUCUACCAGCUAGCUGUAGCUGCUGCGAGAUGGAAGAGACGAGCUUCGUGGCGGCCGCGUUUGAGACCGCUGGCGGACGAUCAGGUGCAGCAGGUAACGAUCAUGAAGAUCAGCAGCAGCGCGCUGGCUUUGCGUCCGACAGCAGUUACGUUUCCGCUAAUCGUCGUGCCGUUCUGGACGACGGUAGCUUUGCCGAUGCAGAGCUGGCUGGCGGUGCUUUCCCAGCGGAUUCGGCGAUCGCCGGUGAUGGAGCGGAGAACAACAAGCUGUCACGGAUUCAGGCAGCUCUCCGUCAGCACUUCUCCAGUACCAGCGGUGCGAGCUGCUCGGACGAGUCGCGUCACAACAGCGCUAGCGAUCGCCCAGGGCCAGGGCCAGGCAGUGGGGCGCGGUCGUCGUCUUCCGGAGGGGAGGCGCUCGCUGGCAGCGCAUUUAGUAGUGUCAGCGGCAGUCAAAGCUCGGGUAGCACAAGCUCAACGAGCAGCGUAAUAAUUCACAACCCUCUGCGGAAGAAAAGAAGAGGAGUCAGAGGCAGAGGAGGACAAUGCCCAGCGCCAGGAUCAUCCGGCAAUGCCACAUCCUCUUCUGCAACAUCAGUAGACUUCGAUGUGAUCGUUGAAGAGGAGGAUGACGAUGAUCCAUCAGGAGCGUUCUCAACGCUAGCUCCCAUCACCGAGUACCAGCGUGCCAAUGCUAUAUCAUACUCUAUCAGCGAUGAGGGCAAGAAAGCCAAGAGCAGGAAAGGGCUGUUUAAGGGCCUAACACGUCUGACACGUAACAUAAUGCCGUCGCGACCCGCCGGUGACCAAGCCGGAAGUCCGGACAAGAGGUCCAACACCGUGUCGGCACAGGAUGUGUUUGACGACGACAGUGAUGCAACCUUCCUACAGGAGGUGGAGUGCCUUCGGCAGAACGAAGGACUUCCGUACGAACAGGCUCUACACCAAUGCCGGGUCAAGCGACUCAUUGCGGAGAAAGGGUCAGCCGAGAAUGCUCUGUUCUUCUUGCUGGAAAAGUCUUCCCUGGGUUUGGAGGUGAAAGCUAUGCUUGAUCUCGUUUUCAACUUGGCCACUAUUGACGUUACUCAGGUGGACGAGGCUGGCAAGACCUUUCUUCACUACGUCGCACGGGGUCGAUCGCUGGAAGCGGCAGAAACUCUGAUAACACAGAAGGUACCAACGGGUCGUCGUGACGACUCCGGUCGCUAUGCCGUCGAGUACGCACUGGACAACAGCCAGGACAAGAUGUCCGCCCUGCUCAUAUCGGCCAUGAACAAUGAAGAUGCCCGCAGCCUGUUCCUGUGUGAGCCGGUGGAGGGCGUGCUGCCCAGGUACAACUUCCACGCCAUCGUGUCCAACCGCAAAAUGAGGGCCACAGCUCAAGCCAUCAUGGACACGAUGAUAGAGAAAAUCGAUAGCGAGCAGUACAAGUUCUACUUUGCUGUCAUGGAAACGGACUCCUCUGGUCGACCACCUGACCAUCCUAACUUCAGUGCCAAGAAGGGACUGGCGUAUGCCAAGGUGGCUGAUAGCAAGGAGUUACGAUCACACAAUCUUCUUCGCAUACUCAUCCACCAUAAGUGGGCCAAGUACGGCGAGUCUAAAGCAAUCAAAGCACUUCUCCUAUAUCUGUGCUACGUCACUCUCUGCUCCUUUGCAUUCAUGACGGCUGUUGGCAAGAGAACCAGCUCCUUUCAAGCUGCGACCAAUGUCAGUGAAGCCAUUCACGGUAACCCGCUACAGUACGACAGUUUCCUGGACUACACGCGACUUGCCAUCGAAAUUCUCAUGCUCAUUCUCACGGCCGCCAGUCUCCUAGCUGAGGGCCUGGAACUUAAACAGUCUGGUGUGCGCAAUUACCUCCGAGAGCCGUCCAAUUACUACCAAGUGUUCACCAGUCUGUCGUUCUUUGCGUUGAUCCCGCUGAGAGUGAGCCAGUCGUUUGCCCAGUGGGAGUUCAUGGCCGUUCUUUACAUGUUCGUUACCAUGCGCAUACUCGUGUCUAUCUCCAUACUCAGGAUCACCGGUAUCUACCUACAAAUUCUAGUCAAGAUCAUGGUGAGGGACAUGGUGCGCUUUUCCAUCAUCUACUGUAUCUUCCUGCUGGCAUUCAGCGGCUCCACCUACCUACUGCUGGGUGGAUCUGAUUACCCGGAGUCUAACGGGCUGACUGGCACGGAUCUAGACCGCACUGACGAACUCUCGGAUUACCCACACAUUGUUGUCACUCUACUUCGUAUCAUGGUUCAGAACGAGAAUGUUGGAACGUACUUCGGCACGGGAUAUUUUUGGCCGACGAUUCUCCUGCGCAUCCUCUAUCUCUUCAUGGUUCUCAUCGUGCUGUUGAACAUCCUGAUUGCACAGCUGAGCGAUACCUACGCCGAAAUCAAACAGGAUGCACAGUUAAAUCUGGAGCGUAACUGGUGUAAUCAGCUGCUGGAAUCGGAGAAGACGAGAUUCUGGGAUAAAAAGGGCGUUCUGAAAGUGUAUGAUGCCACGACAAUCGUAGCGUGUCCACAGAAACUACUGCUCACCUGGGAGGAACCUGUUGACUUUGAAGCCAAGCUAAAUGAGGAACACCAGCGGAGGCUGGUAGAGCAGCAGCUGUACAAGCUGGAGCAACUGCUCUUCUCCAUGAGGUCUCAGCAGAUGAACAUCAUGAAAGCAUCAGAAGCUGGUGUCUCAGUGGGCACUCGGGUUGCUGACAACAUCCCUGUAGCUAAUCUACAGCUGCAGCAAGUCAUUCAACAAACCGUGGAGGAGUGCACACGACGGGUUGUUGCUGAGACAUCCGCAGGUCUACAGAACGUGCACAAAGCACUGCGCAUGGAGAUGCAACGUGAGAUGCACACCAUGGCUGCCGAUACCAGAGAGGACCUGCGGGACCUCAAGCGCCUUGUCGAGAAAAUACCCACAUCGUUUCCACCACCACCACCACCAAAGGCAAAGAGCUAGGUCACUCACUGGCCCCAAGACAAACACCGACUUAAAUCCGUGCAACUAGUGCAGCUACUGCGAACUAUACACCUAACGCCAUUAUAGUGUGCUGGCCACUCCCAACGCAGCUGCCGAGACCGAAGACGCUGGAAACUGCUAGCUUAGUCCGGAGAUUCAGUAUAUCGACUUGCCCCUGGUGCAUGUGCCUGCAAUCGUAACUUUGUUACACGCUUUUCACUUCCUUGUUCAAGUUAGAACUCCGGGUUUGUAGAUUUCUGCUGGCGAUAUCCUACGAUUAGGUUGCUGGCAUAGCCGGUUUAUGUGAAGAGAAAAUCGAUUCUGUCCGACCUAGCCAUGAAUUUCUAGCGUUGUCAAGUCGUCAAAAGCGGCGUCAUGUGACGUCAAACGAAGCUGCUUCCUCCAAAGUGCUGAUGUGGGCUUUAUGGGUGUAUUUUGAU